UCGGUGCAGCAGGGAGUGAGUCCAGUCCAGUGGUUCAGUGUCUGACAGACAUGGAGCGUCUCUGUUAGCCGCGGUGUGUCCGUCUGCGUUGGACCGGUUCAGGGCUUCAGUUCGUCUCUAACGUCGCAACAGCUCAACAACAAUCCUAUAACAUGAUGCGUUUCAUGCUGCUGUUCAGCCGUCAGGGGAAGCUGCGGCUGCAGAAGUGGUACACAGCUACAGCCGAGCGCGACAAGAAGAAGAUGGUGAGGGAGCUGAUGCAGAUCGUGCUCGCCCGCAAACCAAAGAUGUGCAGCUUCCUCGAAUGGAGGGACCUGAAGAUUGUCUAUAAAAGGUAUGCCAGCCUGUAUUUCUGCUGUGCGAUAGAGGAGCAGGACAACGAGCUCAUCACUCUGGAGGUGAUCCACCGCUUCGUGGAGCUGCUGGAUAAAUACUUUGGCAGCGUGUGUGAGCUGGACAUCAUCUUUAACUUUGAGAAGGCGUACUUCAUUCUGGAUGAGUUCCUGAUGGGAGGAGAGAUCCAGGACACGUCUAAGAAGAGUGUCCUCAAAGCCAUCGAACAGGCUGACCUUCUGCAGGAGGAGGACGAGUCCCCCAGGAGUGUGCUGGAGGAGAUGGGCUUGGCAUAGUACACGUCAGUGCUGAGAGAGACUGUAGAUACUGAGGUGGAGGGCUGGAUGAGAGGGGACGGGACAGAAUCUGGAUCUGAACAGUCUGGGACUGAGGACGUGUGGGGACUGAUCUACAGGGUUUACCUGGGAGGAGACUCGGUCAGGAUCCUUU